AUGCUCUCGCAGCUCAAACGCAGAUUUACCCUCGGACGACGCAGUAAGAUCCUCGGCGAAGAAGACGACCACUCGGCGACCACCAUGAGCCUUUCGAACAGCAACAGUACCAGCUCCCUUCCCCCUGUGGACGAGCACCACGGCUGCGAGUACCUCGACACGGCGCUGACCAUCUUCGUGAUCGGUGCGUCGGGCGAUCUUGCCAAGAAGAAAACGUACCCGUCGCUCUUCGCGCUCUACACCAUGGGUUACCUGCCUGAACACGCGGUUAUCGUGGGAUACGCCCGCAGCGCCAAGAGCGAGGCCGACUUCCGCGAGCAGAUCGCGCCCUGGAUCAAACCCAAGACGCCCGAGGCCGAAGCUCGCAAGGCGGCCUUCCUCAACAUGUGCAUCUACCGCAGCGGCAACUACGACUCGGCUGAAGACGUGGGCAAGGUGAGCAAGGAGAUGGAGGCACUGGAAGAGGCCCAGGGCUUCCCUGUGGCCAACCGUCUCUUCUACUUCGCCAUCCCGCCCACGGUCUUUGUGCCCAUCGGCACGAGCAUCAAGAAGGCGGCACUGACCACGCGUGGCUGGAACCGUCUCAUUGUCGAGAAGCCCUUUGGUCACGACCUCGACUCGUUCGACAAGCUGUCGCAGGACAUGAGCGCGCUGUACUGCGAGGACGAGAUCUACCGUAUCGACCACUAUCUUGGCAAGGAAAUGGUCCAGAAUCUGCUCGUGCUGCGCUUCGGCAACGCAAUCUUCGAGCCUAUCUGGAACCGCAACUACGUGUCAAGUGUGACCAUCACUUUCAAGGAGGAUAUCGGUACUCAGGGCCGCGGUGGCUACUUCGACUCGUUCGGCAUCAUCCGUGACGUCAUGCAGAACCACCUGCUACAAGUGCUCUCGCUUGUGGCCAUGGAGCCGCCUGUGCAGGCUGCUGGCCACAACUACUCCAACUACAUCCGCGACGAGAAGGUCAAGGUGCUGAACUGCAUUGAGCCUAUCAAGCUCGAGAACACGGUACUGGGCCAGUAUGAGGGCAGCAAGGAACGCAACGAGCCGGGAUACCUCGAGGACCCGACCGUACCCAAGGGCUCUGUGACCCCCACCUUCGCUACUGCUAUUAUGUAUGUCAACAACCCGCGUUGGUCUGGUGUUCCGUUCAUCAUGAAGGCUGGCAAGGCUCUGAACGAGCGCAAGGGAGAGAUCCGCGUGCAGUUCCGUCCGCCUCCUGGAGCGCAGCACUUGUUCCCGGGUGUCAAGAUCCCUGUGCAGGAACUGGUGCUGCGUCUACAGCCUGAGGAGGCUGUGUACAUGAAGAUGAACGUCAAGAGCCCUGGUCUCCAGACCCAGGCGAUCUCGAGCGAGCUGGACUUGUCGUACGCUGAGCGUUACGAGGGGGCAGAGGUGCCUGACGCCUACACUCGCCUGAUCCUGGACGUACUGCGUGGCAAGCAGGCCGCAUUCGUGCGUGAUGACGAGCUCCGCGCUGCCUGGAAGAUCUUCACGCCGCUGCUGAACGAGAUUGAGACGCAGAAGGUGAAGCCGCUGCCGUACGCGUUCGGCUCGCGUGGUCCUAAGGAGAGCGACGAGUUGGUGAACAGAGCCGGCUUCCAGUACCACCAUGGCGAGUACCAGUGGCAGCCGCGUGUACGCACCGCCAGUGCACUGUAG